CAAGAAGUCUCACCAAUUCAGUUCAGGAAUCUUGAUUCAUCAGGUCUGUCGCUUUAACACUUGAUUUUUGAGUCAUACUUAACGCAAGCUGCAUCACCUUUCGAAUUUCCUAAAACAUUUUGGGAUUUUUUUUGAAGUAUACGAAUUUCUUCGAAGUUUUGACGUCUUUGGUAUUUGUUUACAAGCAUUGUUUAUUCUUGAUAGCAUUGCUUCAUAAAAGGCUUCAGUAAAGCAUUGUAUCUGUUAUUUCUUUCGUUUGCACCUAAAAUCCUUGACUUUGGUACUCAACCGUUCUUUGAUCGCUUUUGCUCAGUUUGCAAUAAUAGCAUUCCUUCAGCAAACGAAUCCGUUCUCUUUGUGUUCUUUGUCUUGAUUAAGUAUCAUCCUUGCAUUUGUAUGUUUUAAUUAUUUGCAUCUUCUUUGGUUCCGCCUUUGCAGUCUUCUAUACAUGUGGCCGAAGGCUUUUCAAUAUUCAUCAUAGGAAAAUAUUCCGUCUUUCUAGGAUUACCUGUUCAACGUGAAUAGGAUUUUUGUUGAUCACUCUCUAUUAGCUAAAAAUUUGCAUUGAUCUGAGCGUCAUUCCUUGAAUUCCCCCCAAAAAAAAAAGAGAUAUCACAUCUGAUUCAAAGAGCAAGCUUAUUUUGAAGUUGAACGAUACGAUUUCUUCAGUAUUUUACAAGCUAAUACCCUCGAUUGCUUCGUAUUUAGCUAACCGUUAAUUUUCCUGAUUUGGAUUCUCCCUGUUGCAUAAUCCAAAACUUUUAUUUAUUAUACAUAGGCCACGCUAGUGGCUAAGUUCUUUCUUCUAUCUUUCUAUUCUUUUCUUUCUUUUCUUAUUUUCCCAGCAUUAACCUAUUUAUUCUCUUUUUGUUACAAACAUGCCAAGCCUUGAUUACGAAGGUGCUUACGCCAAUGUUGAUGAAUUUAACCAAAGAAAUCCAGAGUUUGUAGACAACGAUGAAAUUUCUAAUAAAAAAGGAGAUUUUAUUGCAUCUCAUGGAGAUGUAGUAAAUACUUCACAAACAACGCCUGAACAAUUAUAUGGUGAGCAUACUUCUACGGUUGAUGACAACCAAGAUGUAAGCACUAAUUUCUUUCCUGAGGUUUCUUCCCAAAAUGGUGCAACCGACCUAAAUAGAAGUUUUGCUACAAACGAAACUUUUGAUGAAGAUAAUGGCAUUCAACCGGAUGCUCUCGGAGAGGGCAUGUCUCAAGAAGAUUUGGAUAAAGAGCGAGAAGCCCUUACGUACCUUCGUCGAUUAUCCAUGCAGGGUACAGACGAUCCCGAUCUUCAUACAGAUUGGUCUGUCAUGAUGUCUCCUCCGGAAUCAGAGUCAGAUGCAUCUACUUUAUUCUGGGUCCCUGCUGAUUUGCACCCAGAAGUUAACCCUAAUGGUUGGAAGGACUUUCUAGACUUGCAAGUCAAAAACUUAAAACACCCCAAACAAAUGGAUACCAAUGCUACUCCUUUGCAGCAUAUACGCUCUUUGCGAAGAAGGAGAUCAUUGUUAUCUCGCCAGGUCAAAGCUGACGAUGCUGCUCAGAAUUAUCAGGAUGGUAGUCCAAUUAUCGAAAAGAAGAACAUACAACGAGGCAAGUCGCUGCGCUUACAAGACUUGGAACAUCUGGAGUCUUUAGCUAGAAACCCAAAGAAAAUGGAAAGUCUUGUUGAUAGCAUGAGGUCGGAACCUCCUGAAGAUAGCCCAAUCUUGGUGUCACCGAACCAAUUUUUACAGCGUUCUUCUCGUACUACUAUCCGCCGUUCUGGUGCUUCAAUAAAAACUAUCAAUCGUGGAAAAGCUUCCACUUUGUUAGGUAAUAGGUCCCCAUUUUCCAUGAAUAAAGACGGUCUAUCCCGUUCUCUUAGUGUUCUCAAACCCUCCACUUCUAUGUCUCGCCGAGAUGAGCAAAAGGCAAAGGCUCCAUCUUCGCCGCCUUUAUCGGAACCUUUACCAGAUAAUGCUGAGGUAAAACAGCAUGAUAAUGACAGGAAUAUGGUUGAUUCGACGACAAAUAUUGGUAUAGAUGAAAAGUUGCCCGAUAGCAAGACCCAACAUAAAAUGGAUGACUUAAGUGAAGAAACUCAAGAUAAAAUUUCAUCAGCUAAUCGGCCUUCUGAACCUAGUCAGCUUCAGCAAAGCGGAAUCGUAUCCCAGACUGAAAAAGUAAAGGAUGAAGAGAUAAAGCCAGACGAUUUAACUUCACCGUCCUUGCAUACGUCUCCUGAAUCUAAAUUAGGAGAAAUUGCCCAAACGGAUUCUAAACUUAAGAAGGAAAAGAUUGAAGAGUAUCACACUGAGCUUGAAAAGCCUCCGGUGUCUGCGGAAAAGAACAAAAGUGAACCCGAGCCUAAGCAAUCCACCUCUACGCACCACAAACCACCUUCUUCACCUGAAACUAAGAAAUCAAAAAAAUCUUGGGGCCGUUUAUUUACUUCAAAUGAUCACGAAAAGGACAACAAGAAAGAUAAAGCAAAAAAGAAAGGCGAUGAACAAUUGACUUCUCAGUCUUCGACUGGUAAGGAUAGCAUCUUUGGGUCACUCUUCAGUUCGAAAAAGAAGUCAUCAGAAGUCGGUAGUGGAAAACCUGCUGCGAACAUUCCAUCAAUUUCUCGUCGUCCAUCUAUACCAAGGGAGGAGCGCUUCAGCGAACACAAACCCCCAAGCACCUUACCCAAUACUACCGUAAACAUUCCUAAAACCGAGACGUCCGAAAAAACCGAUGAUUUUAUACCGGAUAAAGAUUAUUAUUGGUCUCGAUUCCCUAUAUGUACAGAAAGAGCUAUAUACCGGUUGUCACAUAUUAAAUUGUCAAAUGCCCAACGUCCUCUGGUUCAACAAGUGUUACUAAGUAAUUUUAUGUAUUCUUACUUGGAUUUAAUCUCUCGAAUCAGCGCAUCUCGUAACAGGAUUCAGAAUAAUUCCAGAUCAACCGGUCCCAGGCGUUCUGAGUUUUCAGCUGAAAAUGUGAAAAAUGAGUUGGAGAAUCUGAGUUACCAUUUUGGAGACCAAAGAAGGCGAUCUGUAAACAGGAAAAAACUCCCUGUUCACCAAAAUUCUAAAAAUGGUCUUAAGUCCGGUUAGUUUUGAAAGAGCGUCAAUUUUGUUGGUUUUCAGUCAUUUAUACAUUUUUGCUCUGUAUAAUGCAUUCAGUCAGUUCAAUUUUUUUCUUGCGUACUGUAUAUUUUAUAGAGUACAAUUUGCAUGAUUCUCUUCGUUAUGUUGCAAACUUCUAUUUGUUUAUUCUACGGCUAAUAUAUUUGGCAUACUUAAUGAUAUUAAGAAAUUUAUUCGCA